UAGAGGCAAAUUAAGCCACUGAUUUGGGGUGGAAUUUUUGUGAUAAUCUAUCGGUAUAAUUGGUUCCUAUUCACCGUACCUAGGGUGUGAUUCAGUUCUUUCGUCGCGCCGAAAGUAGCGAAACAUACAGUAGCUCUUGCAGAGAAAAAGGAUGAGCCGGAAUGGAAGGCGUCGUAGUCGAAGUAGAAGUCCUCGGGGACGGGGUGGAUUGGUGGGAAGUCGGUAUGAAAUCGGUAAACUGCAGACGCUCAGGCCGGUGCAAUGGUCCCAGUUAAAGUUGGAAACGAUCAUACGUGAACCGUAUCGUUCCAAAGCAUCCUACCGGCGUUCCGAGCGUGAGAUUUCCGAGUGGCGUCGAACGAAGGAGAUAACGACGAAAGGUCAUGAUAUUCCCGAUCCCAUAUUUACCUUCGAAGAGUCCGGGUUUCCGGCGGAAAUUAUCGACGAGUUGCGGUAUGCUGGGUUUACAUCGCCAACGCCAAUACAAGCCCAGGGUUGGCCGAUUGCAUUGUCCGGACGGGACAUGGUUGGUAUUGCGAAGACGGGCUCGGGUAAAACACUCUCUUACCUGAUACCUGCCCUGAUACACAUCGAUCAACAGCCGCGACUCCGACGAGGUGACGGACCAAUCGCGCUAAUUCUAGCACCAACGCGCGAACUAGCGCAGCAAAUCAAACAAGUGGCCGACGACUUUGGACGUGCGCUAAAGUAUAAGAAUACCUGUUUGUUUGGCGGUGGGAAGAAACGAAAGCAGCAGGAUGAUUUGGAGUAUGGAGUGGAAAUCGUCAUUGCUACACCUGGCCGGUUAAUCGAUUUUCUGUCAAGUAAUCAGACGAACCUGCGACGCUGCUCGUACUUGGUGCUGGACGAAGCCGAUCGUAUGCUGGACAUGGGAUUCGAACCGCAGAUACGCACCAUUAUCGAGCAGAUUCGUCCCGACCGCCAGACGCUGAUGUGGUCUGCAACGUGGCCAGACAUAGUAGCCCGGCUUGUGAAGGAUUAUCUGAAGGAUUACGCACAGAUCAACGUCGGAUCCUUGAAGCUGGCAGCGAACCAUAACAUCCUACAAAUCAUCGAUGUGUGCCAGGAGUACGAGAAGGAAUCAAAGCUAAGCAUUCUGUUGCGCGAGAUUAUGGCAGAAAAGGAAUGCAAAACGAUUAUCUUUAUCGAAACAAAAAAGCGCGUGGAUGAUAUAACGCGAAAAGUAAAACGGGAUGGUUGGCCGGCUCGCUGUAUUCACGGAGAUAAAUCACAAAACGAACGUGAUGCAACAUUGAACUCAUUCCGUUCCGGCAGGACGCCGAUUUUGAUUGCCACUGAUGUGGCAGCUCGUGGUCUUGAUGUGGACGAUGUUAAGUUUGUCAUAAACUUUGAUUUUCCCACCACAUCGGAAGAUUAUAUACAUCGCAUUGGACGCACGGGAAGGUGCAAUAACACUGGUACAGCGUACACGUUCUUUACUCCCAACAACGCGUCUAAAGCGCGUGACCUGAUAGAUGUACUGAAGGAAGCAAAGCAAGUGAUCAAUCCAAAGCUGGUCGAGUUAGCGAACAUGAAAAUCAAAUCAAGAGGUAACCGACACAUGACGUCACGCUAUCCACGGGAACGACGAUCCCGAACGCGAUCCAAAUCGAAAUCACGCUCACCCAUACGUAAUCGCAGGGCUGCUUUGCCGGAUAGGCGUCGUUCACAUACUCGUUCCCGCUCCCGGUCACGGACACCUGUGCGCCGCGCGUCGUUGGUUCGGCGAGAUGUUCGUGCCAGAGUGUCGCCAGGACGGCGUAGCAUUUCUCGCAGUCCGAGACGCAGUGGAAGUGUUAAUCGUCGUCGUUUGAUUCCGGCAACACGCAAACCUUCCCGUUCACCGCCUCCAACUCGCAGUUCAGUGACAAGCCGAAGAGUAAACGGGCGUGAGCUUAAAAAUGGACGUUCGUUAAGUCGCGAACGAGACCGGGAUCGUGAUCGUGAAAGGGAGAGAGACCGGGAACGCGAUCGUGAUCGUACCCGAGAACGGGACCGAGAUCGUCGUCGCCGCAGCCGGAGUCGCAGCAGAAGUCGCAACGGCAAUGGUAGAGCAUCAUCGUACGACCGCUACUAGAAGCACAAUGAGCAAUGCUCAACAUCGAACAAGGUAUUGAAGAACAAAUGUCAAUCAUAUUGCUUUGAGAGUUAGUGGCACAUAAGAAAAAAAAACAAACAAAAAGAGUUGAUAGGCCAAUACAAUGCAUUUUCAUUCACUAUCGAACAAUACUCCCCAUAGGAGUAUUGAAAAUGGGUUUUCUCUAGCCGACUGACAAUCGUCGGAAUAAAAUCAAUCACUCAGAAGUAUUAUGGAUCGUCCAUAUUGUUAAUGCGUGUCCAAAUCGGCUGGGUCCUACGCCUGUCGUAACAUAACAUAUACCCAAAUGUAACCCUCAUUUUUUACUGUACGUUUUGACACAAGAAAGGUUGGAAAGGCUAUUCUGAUACAAAUUUAUUUGCCAAAAAUGCAUUUUUCUGCCAUUCGGUCAUAUGUUACGUGUUCGGUACGGACGCAUCAUCAAACAAAGCAUCUUGAACAAUCGGAACAAUUCCUAAGGAAAAAGUAAGUUUUCUCAACACGAGGAGUAAAAUGUUAGACAAGCAAUCCUCGCCUUUAGACGUAAAUUAUAAUUUAACAUCAUAGAAAGGAAUGAAUGAAAAGGAUGAGAGUUAGGAACGCAGAUUACAAAUUACAACAGUACCCGGUGGCCGGAACAAAAUCCUCCGAAAUAUACUCCUCUUUUUAAAACGGCAGAUGUUAAGGAAUAUAAAUGCAUUUUGUAGUUACGUUUUUAAUUUUACACCACAAAAUCGUUGACAGUUGUGAGGUAAGGUAGGUGCAGGUAUAGGCGAAAGUUUUUUUUAGUUAUUUACUAGUGAACUUUAUGCAAUAGGUAAUACAGAUCUUGAAUCAGACAUUGUUUGGAUUGCAGUGAGAUGAAGGAACAGAGUAAGAUGUUAGGAAAAAGAGCAACAUCGUAAACGAGGGCCAUAACGGAAAUGCAAAUAAUCGGUCAAACAGAAGAUAAUCGGUAAUGUACAGCAUAACAACAUGUCCAGUCUGGGCUACAAUGUUGGGGGUUCGCAUCUUCCAUCACUGAUUAUUCGGCUUUAGGUAGCUCAAAGUUACAGAUAGCCAGUCAGUUACGCAAGCCGAUCGACCGAAUAUGUUUGUUGAGCCAAAAAAGAAGAAUAAGGUAUAAAAAUAGCGAUAUAACCAGGCAUUCGUAACUCUUCCCCAUUCCUAUGCUUACUUAUGUACAUUUGAUGAAACGAACCCUGUGUAAAACAUGUUCUUUUAGUAUAUUUGUUUCUUCAAGUUCUAGAAUACCAACAAGAAUUUUAUGAUUGGCGGAUGUGUUCAAAACGACUUUGGUUAUUUUAGGUUGAACACCUUGCGUAGGAGCUAAAGAUUAUUUACUUAAAGGCAGCAUUUGUUUCGUUUGCCUUUAUGGAAAUCGAGGGUGACAUACUCUCAUCACUUAAACAACUAAUGUAGCAUGGUUCAUCCAUUAUUAAACGCGUACUGAGGAACUUAGCAGAUUGCAUUUGCGACUAAUGUGGUGUGUGUACGAUUUUGUCUAACAAAAAUUUCGGUAUGAAUAAAAGUGUACG